GACGUGGAGCGCGGAGGUGGCGGCGGCGGCGAGAGCAGCGGCGGCGGCGGCCCGCGUCCGAGGCUCCCGGGCUGCGGGCCCGAGCGAGUGCCUACCCAGCCUGCGCAGGCCUCCGGCUGGCACCGCGUCCCGUCGCAGCCAAGAUGCCCGCGGAGCCGGACGCGCCGCGGCCCCCCCGUGGGUGUGCAGCGAGUGUGGGUGUGUGCGCGGCGGCCCGCCGCAGCUGAAGAGCCCCGCGGUGGCCGCGUCGCCCGGGCGCUCGCAAGAAUUGGGCACGAUGGAUGAUUUUAUCGACGAAGAUCUUAGCGUAGUAGAUGAUGCUUUGUUAGAAGAUUGCCCCUCUGAGGAUGAGUUUGUCUUUGCUCCUGAAUAUAUGUCAGAUGAUUACGUCCGUGUGACUCAGCUUUACUAUGAUGGAGUGGGUUUGCAAUAUAAAGAUUAUGUCCGAUGUGAGAGAAAUGUGGAAUUUGACAUCUGCAGUAUAUGGUGCAGCAAGCCAGUUUCUGUCCUACGAAGUUAUUGCGAUGCUAUUAAAAUACAUAUCUUCUGGCCACUUCUUUUCCAACUUCAGCAAAAUUCUAUAUUAUCAAGAUUACAUCCUUGUGUGGAGACCUUUUUGCAGGGUUCAGAGAUAAGUUUGAAGAAAUUACAACUUCUUGAGUUGAUGGAAGAUAUUGUGGAUUUGGCAAAGAAAGUUGCAAAUGAUUCAUUUCUUAUUGAAGGCUUACUGAGAAUCGGUUAUAAAAUAGAAAAUAAAAUCUUGGCAAUGGAGGAAGCUUUAAAUUGGAUAAAAUAUACUGGCGAUGUAACCAUUCUUCCCAAAUUAGGAUCAGUGGACAAAUGUUGGCCUAUGUUAAGUAUUUUCUUUACUGAAUAUAAGUAUCAUAUAACUAGAGUUGUGACGGAGAAUUGCAAUUUGCUUGAAGAAUUUAAAGGUCAAAGCUGUGUGGACUGUACAGAGCAAGGAGAACUGAUGAGAAUGAAAGGAAAUGAAGAAUUUUCCAACCAAAGAUUUGAUGUAGCUAUUAUCUAUUACACCAGAGCCAUUGAAUAUAGACCUGAGUGCUACGUUCUUUAUGGUAACCGAGCUCUUUGUUUUCUUCGUACUGGACAGCUUAGGAAUGCACUUGGUGAUGGAAAGAGAGCCAUUAUUCUGAAGAACACGUGGUCAAAGGGUCAUUAUCGUUACUGUGACGCUCUUUCUAUGCUGGGUGAAUAUGACUGGGCCCUACAAGCAAACGUAAAAGCUCAAAAACUGUGUAAAAAUGACCCUGAGGGGAUGAAGGAUCUACUGCAGCAGCAUGCAAAGCUACAGAAACAAAUAGAAGAUCUGCAAGGUCGAACAUCUUACAAGAAUCCAAUUAAAGCUUUUUAUGAGAGCAGGAACUCCACAUCUAGGAAUCUGUCAGCACCUGCAUUUAGUGCAUCCCUUAAUUUCGUGGAGAAAGAGAAAGCUUUCAAAAAAACUAAUCACGAAAUGGCAAACAGUGGUCAUCACAAUCAAAAGAUGGUAGAUGACACUUUGAGAGGAGAUGAAUGUGACUGCUAUCCUGAAUUUAUACCACCAUCAAGUCAGCCUCCAAAACAUAAAGGAAAACAAAAAUCUCGAAAUUGUGAAUCAGAAAAAUUCAGUUCUAGUUCACAACUGACUCUACCAGUAGAUUUGAAGAGUCUCUUGGAGAAACAAUUUUCUAAAUCUUCUAGAGCUGCACACCAGGAUUUUGCUAACAUAAUGAAAAUGCUGAGAAGCUUAAUUCAGGAUGGCUACACGGCCUUACUGGAGCAGCGCUGCCGCAGUGCCGCACAGGCCUUUACAGAGUUGCUAAAUGGUCUAGAUCCCCAAAAAAUAAAGCAAUUAAACCUGGCUAUGAUCAACUAUGUAUUAGUAGUCUAUGGACUUGCCAUUUCUCUUCUUGGAAUAGGACAACCUGAGGAAUUAUCUGAGGCUGAAAACCAGUUUAAGAGGAUUAUUGAACACUAUCCCAAUGAGGGACUUGAUUGCUUGGCCUACUGUGGGAUUGGGAAAGUAUAUUUGAAAAAAAACAGAUUUCUGGAAGCCCUCAAUCAUUUUGAAAAAGCAAAAACUUUGAUUUGUCGUCUUCCUGGUGUGCUAACUUGGCCCACAAGUAAUGUGAUUAUUGAAGAGUCUCAUCCAGAGAAAAUAAAGAUGCUGUUAGAGAAGUUUGUUGAAGAAUGUAGGUUUCCUCCAGUGCCAGAUGCUGUUUGUUGUUAUCAGAAGUGCCAUGGCUAUUCCAAAAUCCAGAUAUACAUAACUGAUCCAGACUUCAAGGGUUUUAUACGAAUCAGCUGUUGCCAGUACUGUAAAAUAGAGUUUCAUAUGAACUGCUGGAAGAAGUUAAAAACAACUACCUUUAAUGAUAAAAUUGACAAGGAUUUUCUGCAAGGCAUCUGUCUUACACCUGACUGUGAAGGAACUAUCUCUAAAAUUAUCAUCUUCAGCAGUGGUGGUCAAGUAAAAUGUGAAUUUGAACACAAGGUCACAAAAGAAAAAGUUCCUCCAAGACCUAUUCUGAAACAGAAAUGUUCCAGCCUAGAGAAGCUAAGACUGAAAGAAGACAAAAAAUUGAAGAGAAAAAUCCAAAAACAAGAGGCAAAAAAAUUAGCACAAGAAAGACUGGAAGAAGACUUAAGAGAAAGUAAUCCACCUAAAAAUGAAGAGCAGAAAGAAACCACGGACAAUGUUCAGAACUGUCAGUUCCUUGAUGACAGAAUUCUUCAGUGCAUAAAGCAGUAUGCUGACAAGAUUAAAUCUGGUGUAUUGAAUACUUCCAAGCUUCUCAAAGAAUUGCUUUCAUGGAAAGUUCUGAGCACAGAAGACUAUACAACAUGUUUUUCUAGCAGAAAUUUUCUCAAUGAAGCAGUAGACUAUGUAAUUCGUCACUUGAUUCAAGAAAAAAAUAGAGUAAAAACAAGAAUAUUUCUGCAUGUUUUGAGUGAGCUUAAAGAAGUGGAGCCCAAAUUAGCAACCUGGCUCCAGAAGCUUAAUAGUUUUGGCCUAGAUGCCACAGGACCGUUUUUUUCUCGAUAUGGAACAUCUCUUAAAGAGCUUGAUUUUAGCAUCAUGACUUUUCUCUGGAAUGAGAAAUAUGGGCAUAAACUAGCCUCUAUAGAAGGAAAGAAACUCGAUUACUUCUGCGAGCCAACAUCAUUAAAAGAAGCACGUUGUUUAAUAUGGCUGCUAGAAGAACACAGAGACAAGUUCCCAGCUUUGCACAGUGCUUUAGAUGAAUUCUUCGAUAUAAUGGACAGCCGCUGUACCGUAUUAAGGAAACAAGACAGUGGUGAGGCACCGUUCGGUUUUACCAAGGUUAAAAAUAAAGGCAAGAAAAAGAAACCAAAAGAUUCAAAGCCAAUGUUAGUGGGAUCUGGAACAGCCUCAGUAACACCAAAUAAUGACUCUAACACUUCAGGGGAAGACCAUAACAGGCGUAAUUCAGAUGCAGCAGGCCCAUUUGCAGUGCCUGACCAUCUUCGGCAAGAUGUAGAAGAAUUUGAAGCUCUCUAUGACCAGCACAGUAGUGAAUAUGUUGUCCGAAAUAAGAAGCUAUGGGAUAUUAACCCAAAACAAAAAUGUUCAACCCUCUAUGAUUAUUUUUCUCAGUUGUUGGAGGAACAUGGUCCCUUGGAUAUGAGUAACAAAAUGUUCUCUGAAGAAUAUGAGUUUUUCCCAGAAGAAACUCGACAGAUACUAGCAAAAGCAGGAGGCUUAAAAUCUUUUCUCCUUGGAUGUCCUCGUUUUGUUGUGAUUGAUAACUGUAUUGCAUUGAAAAAAGUUGCUUUACGGCUCAAGAAAAAAAGGAAGAAGAAAAACAUUAAAACUAAAGUAGAAGAGAUUUCAAAGCCAGGGGACUAUUUACGUGUUAAACUGCCACUGAACCCUGCAGCUAGGGAAUUUAAACCAGAUGUGAAGUCCCAACCUGUGCCUGACGUGUCUUCAGUACCAGCUCCUGAGGAUGUGAAGCCCCAGCUGGAAUCUGAUAGCUCUUCCAGUCCAGUUUCUGAGGAGAGCAAACCCACUGAGGUCUCUUCAGAUUCUCCCACUCCAGCCUCUGAAGAUGCAAAUCACACACUAGUUCCCUCACAUUCUCCCAAACCAGUUCCUGAGGAGGUGAAACCAACCUAUUGGACUCAGUCCCACUUGGUCACAGGAUACUGUACGUAUGUUCCUUUUCAGAGAUUUGACAUCACCCAGCCUCCAACAACGUACAUAAACGUACUACCAACGUUACCCCAGUAUACCAGCAUGUACACACCUUUGGCCAGCAUCUCUUCUGAAUAUCCACUGCAGAGAUCAAUACCAGUGGUGCCGUCCUUUGUAGCCAGUGACAGAGCAGAUACAAACGCUGCUGCAUAUUUUGACAGUCAUAAUUUGAAUGCUGAGAAUGUUUCUGGCAGCCAGAUUGCCCCUGAAACACAUGUUCUUGAGGAGUCUUUGAGAAUAUCUGAGAGAUCACAGUGUAACCCAGACGAAGCCAAUACACCCCUGAGCAAGACUGAUGGAGCUGAUGACCACUGUGGGAACAGCAUAAACAAAGUCAACCCAGAAAGUACCAGUGCAGUGACAGAUGUCCCACAUACCCAGGAGGUUGCCAUACAGGUGUCUUGCAACGUAACACAGCAAGCAGUCAAUACCGAUCCAUAUGGUCCUUAUGAGACACAACAGGGGGAUAUUUCACAGAUUGAGAAAGAGUACGAAAAAGAAUAUCACACAUUACAAGAACAGCUUAAGGAAGCAUAUGAAAAUUAUGAGCAGAUAAAACUCAGGAGCUCAGAAGAGACCAGGGAUCUGGAAGAAAAGUUGAAAAGGAACAUAGAAGAAAACAAGAUCUCCAAGACAGAAUUAGAUUGGUUCCUUCAAGAUUUGGACAAAGAAAUUAAAAAAUGGCAACGAGAGAAAAAAGAAAUCCAAGAAAGAUUGAAAGCACUGAAGAAGAAAAUUAAGAAGCUUUUAAAUACCAUUGAAAUGUCCACCCAGAAAAAUGAUGUCAUGGACAAGAACCAGGAACUUUUUCCUGACCAGUCCCUUGAAAGCAGUAAUACAUUUACAAGUGAAAAAAUGCAAAUAGAAGAGCGUAUACAGAAAGGGAAGGAGUGCUGUGAAGAGAGUAGACAAAGGGCCAUGGCUGCAGAGGUAUCUGUGCUUGAAAACUGGAAGGAGCAUGAGAUGUAUAGGUUACAGACCAUGGCAUCGCAAGCAGAAGCCUACCUUAAGAACCUCAAGCUGACCAGCAGUGAUUCUGCAGGAUGUCUUGACAUCGAGUCCGAUAUACAUUCAUGGGAAUCAUUUCUUUCUAACGUUACAGAAGAAAUUAAGAAAGCAAAGGCUGAGUUUGAAGAGCAAAUUGAAGCAAUUAAAAAUGGUUCUCUGCUCAGUGACCUUUCUAAAGUACAGAUUUCUGAGCUUUCAUUUCCUGCUUAUAGUACACUUCAUCUGAAGUCACUUUCUGAGUCUGAAGACCAUGAAGAUCCAGAGCUCCUGACUUCUGCAGGCAGCAAGAUGGACAUUAUAGAGGAUUUGGGGCUGUUUCCUGCCAGUUGCUGUGCAGAUGAAAUUCCUUUGGCUCUGUCAGGGGGGUCACUGUCCUGCGAGCAGACAGAGCCUGAGAAGGCUGGCCAAGCAGCUCUAGCGGAACAAAACCCGGAAGCAGAGCAGAAUCAGCCUGCUCCUCCAGGACCUGCAGAACAAAGCCCCGCAGUGGACCAGAGACUGCCUGCUCCUCCUCCAGGACCUGCAGAACAAAGCCCUGAGGUAGACCAGAGACUGCCUGCUCCUCCUCCAGGACCUGCCGAACAAAGCCCCGAGGCAGACCAGAGACUGCCUGCUCCUCCUCCAGGACCUGCCAAACAAAGCCCUGAGGUAGACCAGAGCCUGCCUGCUCCUCCUCCAGAGGUAGACCAGAGCCUGCCUGCUCCUCCUCCAGGACCUGCCGAACAAAGCCCCGAGGUAGACCAGAGCCUGCCUGCUCCUCCUCCAGGACUUGCCGAACAAAGCCCCGAGGUAGACCAGAGCCUGCCUGCUCCUCCUCCAGGACCUGCAGAACAAAGCCCGGAGGUAGACCAGAGACUGCCUGCUCCUCCUCCAGGACCUGCAGAACAAAGCCCCGAGGUAGAGCAGAGACUGCCUGCUCCUCCAACACCUGCUGUUCACUCAAGCCAGUUUCUCAAAGGAACAUUCAACAUUGUCAUGGCAAACUUGUCUCUGCUCUUCCCAUGGUAUAGCAGCAUUGAACUUGUUGGAUUUAUCAAAAAAGUUCGAAGCAAAAACAAGAACUUAUUCUCCGAAUUGAAAGCUGAUGAAAUUAUUCAGAAAGUGAGAGAACAUAUUCUAGAUGAACAGAAAAAGAAAAAGCCAAAUCCAAGAAAGGACCUGAGGACAUCGGAGGUCAGCUCCGCUGCUUCUGUGACCCGGACUCCCCAGGGGCCAUCCUCGUCCAAAGCCAAGGGCCAAAAGGCAGUAGAUAGCCCAGCACCCGACGAGAAUCCCUGCGCGCUGUGCCACGACGAGUUCAAAUCAAGAGCUCUGCGCACACUCAAGUGUGGGCACAAGGUUCACAAGGGGUGUUUUAAGCAGUGGCAUAAGGGGCAGAGUGCGUGUCCCACCUGUGGCAGUGGCGACCUGAAAGAAGAUUAGUCCACACCGCAUCCCUG